AUGUCAAACAAAGAAGCUUUAUCUCCUAGUGUCUCUACAGUCAAUCCCUCCCAUUCCUCUCCCAAAGAGCUUACUUCAACCAACGCACAACCAAGCUCAUCAUCUCCAACAGUUUCCCUUCCCAAAGAACCAAACCCUAAAACGUCUCCCCCAAAACCUGUUGUUUUCUCUAGAACUUGUAAAAGCCAAACCCCAAAGAAGUUUGUGCCUACUUCCACAUCCUCUGAGAAACCCAAUUUGGAAGGAAGCCCUCAUACUAUGAUGACCUCUCAGAAGCUUGACACAUCUGUGGACACUACUGAGAAAGACGACGGCAUGGAAGUAACAAAUCAAGGAGUGGUAAUAGAGACUACAAUAGAAAGAGGGAACUCGAGGGAAGUUCCUCCAGACUCAGGUAAUCCAACUUCUCUUGUAAAUGUGGAUGAUUCUGGGGAUAUGGGUAAAAGUAUGGUAAUGGGUAGUGAAACAAAGGAUAGCGUAGCCAAUGUUGUUGCUAAUAUACCUGGUAACAGUGGGGAGAUGGUGACUGAGGAGGUGGGUGUUGCAACUCAGGGGGAACAGAGUAAUUUAGGCAAUACUAUGGUGAAUGAGGGACCUGGUCCCUCUAAAAUAGCGCCUGCCUCUAAAUUAGUGUCUCCAAUUGCAGUUCCUUAG